AUGUCCAAGUUCAACCUUCAGGGCCGCGUUGCCAUCGUGACCGGUGGUGCCAGAGGCUGUGGCUAUGCCUUUGCCCAGGGCUUGGCUGAAGCAGGAGCUGAUGUCGCGCUCUUCGAUGUUAUUGACCCAGCCCCUGCAGACUUUGAGAAGCUUUCGUCUGCUUAUGGUAUCAAAGCUCGGGCGUACAAGGUUGACGUUACGUCUCUUGCCAGUCUUGAAGCCGCAUUCGCAUCGGUGAAGACCGACUUUGAUGGAAAACUAGAUAUUCUCGUGGCAUGCGCAGGGGUAAAUAAGAAUGUUCACUUCCUAGAAACAGAAGAGUCUGAUUUUGAAAAGUUAUUUGGCGUGAACUGCAAGGGGGUGUACUUCUCAGCCAAACUUGCCGCCAAGGCGAUGAUUGCAAAUGGUACCAAAUGCGGUAGCAUUAUCUUGGUAGCCUCCAUCGCCUCCCAUAUGGCCAUCAGAUCGCAGCGCUCUACUGCCUACUGUGGUACCAAAGGCGCCGUCAGGGCUAUGGUGGCACCUAUCGCUGCUGAGUUAGACGAGUAUGGGAUCCGCGUCAACUCAAUAAGCCCGGGAUAUGUACGCACAGAGAUGACGAAUCCCUUCCCUCACCUUCUUGAGGGAUGGAAAGAUGAAAUUAUGAACCACCGCGUGGCCGAGCCCGACGACAUUCAAGGGGCAUGUGUGUUCUUGGCGAGCGAUGCUAGCAGGUAUUGCACGGGAAGUGAUAUCUUGGUCGAUGGAGGAGUGACUAAAUGGUAG